CAUCACCCUGUUAUGGAAUUUUAUCUCUGAAUUACUGCAAUAAGGAGCACAUUUUGCAAUCUAUAUGUCUUCACGUUGUACUGGUUAUUUUAAAUAAAAGUAUAACGUUACGUAACGUAAACAUUAGGCAUAGCUACGAGUUUUGUUUUUCUUCGCGGAGGGAACGUACAGUAAGGGUUCAUCUGUAACAAACAGUAAACCUUUGAAGAACUGCCUCCAGCUGUUUUGGGGUCAGAGGUCACUUUAAAAUGGAUGUCAGCAUUGCUGUGUCGCUAAUUCGAGGCCAGAUGGGUGCCGUGGUGGAGCGGGCAGUGAACGGGGCAGUGGAGACGGUGCUGGCUGAGAUGCUCAAAGUAGUCGGAGUCAAAUUUGAGGAGCUGAAAGCUCAAGUGGCGCUCAUGAAGAGGGACGUCAAUGCGCUGCAGAGGGAGAAGGCCCUAAAAGAAAAGGAGAACGACAACAUCCGCGCCAAGCUGCGAUACACAGAGCUGAAGCUGAAGUACUACAGGCAGGGAGUUGAAGAGGAGCUGCAGCAGAGAGCCUCUACCUCCACUCUGGUCCGUAUCCACCCGUCCAGCUUCCCCCAACCACAGACAAGUGGUGCUUGCAUCUCGUCUAACGAGGCCUCACCAUCGUGCUCAACUCAGUCCAGGACUGCUGAAGGACAACUGGCGAAAAGCAGCCAAGAAUGCAUCUCUCCACAGAGCAGGCGAGCCGUCCGAGCGCGCGGUCAGUCAGACGUGAGAGUGGUCAGCUGCGACCAGUCAGACCUGCUGCUGCCUGUCUCACUCUCUGUGAACACAAUAGCAGAAACUCUGGACAGCAAUGCAGGUUUCUCCUGCACCACAGAACAAGACAUUUCUGCAAGCAAGAAUGAAGAGCAGGAGGACGACUGUGAAUGGACCAUCGCUGUACAGACACACACAGAAAGCAUGGACGCUGUCGUGGACCCUCCUCCUCAUCUCAAGGCCCCGACUCUUGAGACGGGGCAGCAGUCAGAUGCUGGCUCACUGUCCCCAGAUGGAUCCACCCAAGCUGACAGCUCCACACUGCCUUUCUCCAAUUUACAGGUGAAGCAGGAGGCUCAGCAGGAGGAGGAAGAGGAGGAGGAGGAGGUGAUCUGUAUCAAGGAGGAGCCAGAGGAAGAGCAGGAGGUGAUGGCCACCCUGCUGCUGGACUGCCAGAUGCAGCAGAGUCACCUGUCAGAGUCAGAGACUCAAAGGUCAGUACCUCAGACAAGCCAGAGAAGUCACACUACAGCCUUCAGCUCAGAUGGAUCAAGCUCCUAUCUGAUGCCUCAGCCGAUGGCCCCCCUGCCCUCAGCUGCAGCCUUGCCACUGGGCGUCCCUCCUCGCCAGAUGGUGCGUCCAUGGAACAAAGACCUUAGCCUGUACGAGGAGUACAAAAUGCGCAGGAAUGAGCUCCGCCGGCGAAGUCUCAACAGACGCAGAGAGCUGGAAAAAAACCUGCCUCAGCCACUGCUGGCAGACCUGGUACGAGAGCGUCGAGAAAAGACCAGAUUGAGGGUGGCUAGAUGGAGGGCAAAGAGGAAACUCCAGGCCUGUUUGAACCAGGCACAGGCUCAAGGUGGAGCUGUAGGUCUUUCUCAGACUGGCUUUCCCAUCAGCAGUCAGCACCACCAGCACCACCAGCAGCAGCAGCUCAGAGCGCCUUGUGUGUCCACCUCCAGCGGUCAGCAGAGACAGAGCUCACUGCCUCAGUCUACCAGCUUCAUCAACAGCAUGUCAGCAGUAAACAGCAUAUCCGCACCUCUCGCCUUCAUCGCCCCCUCCUCCUCUUCUUCUUCUUCCUCCUCCUCCUCCUGCUCUCUGCUCCUGAGAGGCCCCCACAUGGCUACACACGUCAGCCAGCAUGCUGUGACAUCAUCAUCCUCCUGCUCCUACUCUCAGGUUGGCCUGUCGCAGCAGAGUCUCUCUCUGACGGAUACAGACAUCCUGCAGUGAGACGAUGCAGAAACUUUACAUCGUUUGUGAAAUAUCUUAAUAUUGAGGUGGCGUCAGCGCCCCUCUUCAGAAUGUAGCAAGUCCUUCAUGGUGAUGCGGCAGUCUUUGUACCUUUGUUAAUUACAUACAUCCUUGAAACUUUGGUCCAAUUUUGCAUACUUUACUCCAGAGGUCGUGUCAACUGAAUAUUUUCCAUCACAGACUAAAUUUUUUAAAACAAUGAUGGAAAAAUCUGAAGGCCAUCUGUCAUUUUGACAGAUUACACUGAGAGUGAUCACCUGUGGCGGGUGAGGCGGAGGCAAAAGUCAGUGAGGCUUUAGAUGACAGCAAGUCCUGUAGCCUCACGCUCACGCAGGCAGACACACACGGCAGUUCAAUUUUGCACAUAGGGUACAUCGUGGAAGUACAUAAAUCUAGCCAAAAAAUCCAUCCACAGAGGGGAAAGAAAUGUCUAACAAUAAUAAUAGUAAUACUAAGUCAGUGUUUCCUCUAGGUUGACUGCGCUGGUGUGGAAGGAUGGACUGGAGGUUGGGGAGUAUUUUACUUUCCAGUGAUCCAUCCAGAACCUUUUUUUUUUCUUCACCAAAAAACAAACAACAAACAAAACCCACAAAUGAUUAUUUAUUUCUGUACAAUCAAAGGGAAACACUGAUAAUGAUUAUCUGUAAGUUAAUAUAAAAACAACAAUUUGUUUUGACAAACUACACAAGAUGAACGGCAUACACACCAAAACAGCAUUCAUGUCUUUACUAAGCACAGAUGACAGAGGGGUGGAACUUCAUUAGAACACACAAGAUGAACGGCAUACACACCAAAACAGCAUUCAUGUCUUUACUAAGCACAGAUGACAGAGGGGUGGAACUUCAUUAGGUCAAACCACAAGCACCUUAUGUUUUGCAAGAUGUACCGACAGAAAUUAGAUCAACAGAUGUGGAUCACUGUGUCAUUGUUGUUACCUACUCAUGAUAAAUCUUUUAUCCUCAUUUUACAUCAGUUACAUAUAAUAUUAAUAUCAGUUGAAUAAACAGGUUGUGUAAACUCGUAUACAAAUUGUGAUGCACACAAAUAUUCAAAUAAAAACACUUCAACAACA